AUGGGAAAGUUGGAUUUGAUUGAAGAAAAUAGUCAAUUGAUAUUCCACAGCAUAGAAAAUAAUGAUUUCACCUUCUUGGUAUCUACUGGGGUUGUUCCUUUAUUACAAUUUAUAAGUAAGAUUGAAAACACAAAAUAUUUAUUCGUUAGUGAUGAUACAAGUUUAGCUACAAGGUUUAAAAACGUUCCAUAUCAGACAUCGGUUUAUGAUUCCAGGUUCUCUGUUGUUGGGUCUUCUUGGGUGACUUAUGAUUUGUGUAUUUAUCUAAUCAGUGAAGAUGUCAGGUUUUUCGAAUUGUUUGAUUUUAUUAUACUUGAUGGGAUAGAUGAUCGUGAACCCGAAUCUGAAUACUUGUUUUCUUUGAUGUUGAAUUUGAAAAUGAUUGGAAAGUACAUCAUCCCUCUGAAGUCAAAUUUUAAAACAGAGUUAUACACUGGAUUUGUUGGAAAUUUUGGAUAUACAUCAAAUGUCCUAAAGCUUAAAGAAGAACCAUCGAAAAGCGUUUAUUAUCUACCUUCAGAUCCGUCAAAUCUUAAUAAAGAAAUCAUCAAGACAAUCAAUGACAUACUGGUGAUUGAAAAAAGUUUAGAACAAUGUGAUAUCUUGGUCAUGUUGAGUUCAUUUAAUGAGAUUCAAGUUUUCAAAACUCAACUUGUGGAUGCAGACAUUAAGCAUGAUUUCUCCAUAUUGACAGAUUUAUCAGCUUAUAAAACCAUUGGAGCUCAUAGAAGAGUUAUAUUAGCAACAGAUUCAAAAAUUCUCCGAGAUGUUGAUCAUAGAAUAAGGUAUAUUGUUGACUCUGGAGUUAUGAAAUUGAAGAAAUUUGAUGAAUGUGGGUUAGAAUCCUUUAGUACGAGAUUCACAAAUAGAAAUCAAAUUUUACAACAUUUAUCAAUACUGGAACAUGGUAAUUCUAGUUAUUUUGGAAUGUUUGUUGAAGACAAAAUUGUUGAUUUUGAGUAUGGUAUUAAUGAUUGCUUUCUUGUUCAAUUAUUAUAUUUUUUGAAAAUUGGAUUAGAUGUUGAAAAAUUUGAAUUUUUGAAAUCACCAAUGGAACAAGUUAUUAAAAGUGCAAUCAAUUUAUCAAUUUAUCUUGGAUUAGUUAAAAUUGAAGAUGGUUCUGAAAUAAAACUAACUGAACUUGGUUCAACAGUGAUGAAAUUUCAAGUUGAAUUAGAGAUCUCAAGUCUUUCAUUAUUCAUUGCAUUAUCAAUAUCAAAUAGAUUCAAUUCAACAAAUGAGCUUUUAAAAAUAUCAUCAUUAUUGUUAAGUUGUAAUGUUGAUUCAUUAUCAAGAGAUUUGAAAAAUUUUAAUCAUCACAAGACCAGAACUCAUGAUGUGCCACAAUCAGAUUUCCUCACUCUACUAAACAUUUUUGACACAAUGAUCGAGAACCAGCAACACAUUAAACAAUCAUCACAAGUAUUUAGAGACAGUGUCAUGAGUAAAGAGGCGAAAAAACAGAUCUUGCAUUGUUUUAAGCAAUUGAGAAGUAAAUUGAAUCAACCAGUUAACUUUGAAAGGGCAAUUGAAGAUGAUAUUCAGAAAUGUUUAUUCUCGGGAUUCCAGCUACAUGCCAGUACAGUGUUGCAGAAUGUGUCAAAUCCAGGUACAAUUGAAUUAGAGCCCAUAUUAAGCAAAAGACCUGAUCGAUUAAAUGAAAUGGACAAAGUCAAGAUAAUUUUAACUAGUGAUCUCUAUGAAAACAAUGAUAUCAUAAUUUACCAUAGCCGUGAGUAUUUCUUUAGUUUGUUAUUGCUGACGUUUGCUCUUUGA